AUGGCUUCCGGUAUUUUGGAUAAUUCGAGCGACUCUCUCGACGAGUCAAACGAUAGCUCUAUGGAAUUCUUUGUUAACGCGUUACACUUUCUUGAAGAUACGACAACUUCUAGUGCUCCUCAAACUCGACGGUAUACGGACCGGCAUUGGGAAAUUGGUCUUGAUACUCUUUUGAACGAUUGGUUCGUUCAACAACCAAAAUACGAAGACGAUUACUUUCGAAAGAAGUUUCGAAUGGACAAGACCAUGUUUUUAGAUAUCGUGCGCGACAUUGAAGCAAACUUCCCGUAUUUUCAAGAACGUUACGAUGCAAGAGGAAGAAAAAGUUUUACGGCGAUACAAAAAUGCACAUCCGCCGUUAGGCAACUCGCGACGGGUAACGCACCAGACGAGUAUGACGAGUAUUUGUGCAUGGCAGCCAGAACCGCACGAGAGACCCUUGAUUAUUUUUGUGACGCCAUCAUUCGGUUGUAUAGCUGA